GAAAACCAACCCAGUUUUAAAAUAUAAUAUAUAACAAAUGUGACAAAAUGACUUCCCGCGAUUACUAUAAAGUGACGUAUAAUAGCAAGGACGCUUCCAAAAUGUCUUCCAUUGACAGCCAAGAUAUUCUCGACAACGAUACGGAAUUCAAUGCCAACCAAUUCAAACUUUUCGAUGAUUUCACUACCGACCUGCGCAUUAACUUCAAUCCUUUAAGAAACAACUAUACUAGGAAUUAUCAGGACAUUUGUGACGCCAACUCUACACGACACUAUCAGGAGACCAGAACCGAAGCGAACGGUACAAGGAAUUUCCAAGAUGUGAAGGCAGGAAAGGUAAAAAUAGGCGAUCCAAAUGAUUCUGGUGUCGAUAUGGAGAAUGGAAACCCUUUGGAUGACAUUACUGCUUCUAAUGACGGCAAUUUGUUGGAGAACGAAGUGAUGGUAGAUCCUUGGAGCAGCAUGGACUCCGCGAAUUCUCCGUUAACUGACUCCGGCCCAUCGGCUAGUGAAGAUUGCACCCCUUCAACAUCAAGCGAGAACCGCGGACCGCUAGACGCGUCUUCCCCUUUGUCUCCGGAAGCGCGACGCUUAUCCGACUCUAAAGACAAACUCAAAGCUAAUAUCCCCCCGAAAGCUGACAAGUCGCGCUCCCGGGAUCUUACUCUAGAAUUAGAAACCUUAGACCCCGAACAUCUGCCACGACGACCACAUUUCCUUGAUGAUGAUUAUCAGCCUUCCAAAUCGAAUAUCGAAUGUCGCAUACCCAAACCACACUUUCUCGAUCAUUCCCCCUCUCCAGAUGAAUUUGACGAGCGCAGUGAUAUCACAAAUCCUAACUUUUUGGACGACGAAGUAGAUGGAGAUGACCAAGCACAAAAGAAAGUGGGCGCACUCCCAAAACGACCAAUAAAAUCUUCCACAUUAGCUCAAGAAGAUCGUCCUCUUAGAACUAACUACAGAAGUACUCUGCACUAUGGAUUGGAAAGUGCUGCGAGGUCGAGUGAACGCGACAAGAGGGCUUCGCAACUGUACAGAGGAACAUGGCCUGGGGAACGCGAAUGGACUGGACAGGAUGCCGCUAGUGUGAGGAGCUUUUCCAGCAACGGCUCCGCGGAUGGCCCCAGACCGUCUACCGCUUUAGAAAACAAAAUGGAAUGUGUCUGUUCGCUAAUAUCUCUUUUAAGCUUGUCGCCAGAAAACAACGCAGAUUUGAGCGGCCCACUAUUAGAAAUGAGUCGUUCAGUGGAAAGUUGUAUAGCAAUGAGGCAGGCGGGAUGCAUACCUCUAUUAGUACAGUUGAUUCACUCAAAAGUACCCAGAGAAACUCGAGACCGCGCUGCGAAGGCUCUCCGCAAUAUUAUUCACACUCAAACUGACGACAAAGCUGGCAGAAGGGAAGCUAGGGUGUGGAGACUGCUGGAGCAGGUCAGAGAAUAUUGCUAUGUUUUAGAAGACAUAGUAGAAGCUAGGAAGGAAGGACAGGAGAUAAUUGAAGAAGAUAAUAACAAACAUCCAAGUCAAAGCGUUGCUGCUUUAAUGAAGUUAUCUUUUGAUGAAGAGCAUAGGCAUGUGGUUUGCCAGUUAGGAGGGCUACAAGCGCUGGCGGCCUUAGUAAGCGGAGACCAAGCAGCGCACGGGAGCAGAACUGAUGAUAACACAUGCCUCACUAUGAGAAAGUACGCCGGCAUGACGCUGACUAACUUGACGUUUGGAGAUGGCAACAACAAGUCGCUACUAUGUUCCUUCAAAGAUUUCAUGCUGGCGUUGGUGGAGCAAUUGGAAUCGCCUAAUGAUGAUAUGCGACAGGUGACAGCAGCAGUGCUAAGAAAUCUUUCUUGGAGAGCUGAUACAAGCAGCAAACAAGUGUUACGGGAAGUGGGAGCCGUUAAAGGUCUGACAAAAGCUGCUAUGACGUGCCAGAAGGAGGCCACUCUCAAAUCUGUCCUAUCUGCUCUCUGGAACUUGACCGCCCAUUGCUCCAUGAAUAAAGUAGCUUUAUGCUCCGUUGAAGGAGCACUUGGUUUCCUGGUAGAUAAGCUGAGCUACGAUUCGCCGACCAAAACCUUGGCAAUCGUCGAGAAUGCGGGAGGCAUCAUGAGAAACGUAUCCAGUCAUAUCGCCGUACGUGAAGAUUACAGACAAAUUCUCCGCGAGAGAAAUUGUUUAAGUGUCUUACUGCAACACUUGAAAUCUCCAAGUCUGACAGUCGUUAGUAACUCUUGCGGAACCCUAUGGAAUUUAUCUGCAAGGUGUCCGCAAGACCAGCAGUUUUUAUGGGAUCACGGGGCUGUACCAAUGCUUAGAAGUCUUAUUCAUUCCAAGCAUAAAAUGAUAGCUAUGGGAUCAAGCGCAGCUCUAAAGAAUUUACUUAAUUCUAAACCCGGAAAGACGCACAUAAUCGCUCUAGAUGCAACCGCGAGGAGUAUGAAUUUACCAACGCUACCUACAUUAGGCGCACGGAAACAAAAAGCUCUGGAACAAGAACUAGAUCAAAAUCUUGCUGAAACUUGCGACAACAUUGAACCAGCCACCUCACCAACAACAAGUAACAGAGAAGAGAAAAAUCUCUACACGGCAACUGAGAGACAGUUAGCCAUUAAUUUGGAAAGGCACAGAAUGACGUCGAGCUCUCCUUUGAUGGGGACAUUGACGUCACAGAUUUCGCUAAGCCACAGCGCACAUUUAGCAAGUUACUUAAGUUGCAGUAACACCUUACUUAAAGGCGCUUCGCCGCCACGCUCUACAACUGGCGGAAGCUCUAAUAACGUAAACCGAUCGGACAGCAAAGAUUCUGUUACAAGCACACAUUCGGACUCUGUGUUCGAACGGGUUAUGCGUCCUGGAAAAGUACCAGUUCCUACACCAAGAAACAAAGAUCUCAUGAAAGCUGACCCAGGAAACGAAGCCUUUAAAGCAACCUCGACUACGAAGUCGAUUAAAGAUAAUUUCCUUCGGUACCCGACUCAGCCACCCAUUCCACCGCCCAGGAGCUCCACAGAUAUGAGAACAAAUUACACAGAAUCUGGUUAUGACGUCGACCAGGAUUCUUGCGAUCAACCCAUAGACUAUAGCAGAAAAUAUUCUGAAACCAAAACUGCGGAGCCAGAGACAUCAGCGGAGAAAACAAAGACUGACGGCAAGAAAUAUACCAAAAAGGAAAGUCCGAGUACUUUCGGAGAUUACCAGGAGACCGAUCUGGACCAACCAACGGACUACUCGUUACGUUACGCUGAACACCAAUCGGAGACUGGUUCAGAUAUUUCCGAGCCUCCCGGGCCGUCGGUACACGAGGAUACUAUUAAACACUUCGCGACUGAAGGUACUCCCUAUGAAACGCCUAUUAUUUUUUCAACAGCUACGUCUAUGUCUGAUCUGCGUGUGAUCGGCAAGGACGGCAAACCGAAGACAGCUCAAGUAAAAGAGCAUCCGGAAGUUAUGACCCAUUCGGACGAGAAAGACACUUGCUCCAUUGAAGAUCCUCCAAGACAUGAUAAUGACAGAGCUAUUUCAACGCCCCAGAAUCCGAAAUCGGCACCGGUGCCUGAAAAGCAGGGGGUGUUUGAUACUAAAUACAGCUCAGGGAUGAUAAGUCCAGAGAAGCCGGUGAACUACUGUGAUGAAGGCACUCCAGGGUACUUCUCCAGAGUCAGUUCUCUGAGCAGUCUCGGCGAGCCGACUGAAGAAGAUAGCUUGGCAAAGAAGAACGCUAUGGCAACCAUCAACGUGGAGCCAAGUCCUCAAGAGCAGAGCACCAGCAAUUCUAAAGAUAAAGAAGGAUCCAAAGCAGUAACGUUCGCAACAGAACCAGUGACUCAGCCGGCAUCAGGCGCAGCGUCAGCCCGCACCGGAUCACCAACGCGCUUCGUCGAGGAGACGCCGCUCAUGUUCUCUCGCAGCAGCUCUCUGGGCUCGCUGCCGGAGUGUGACACGCCACAUCAUGAUGACCAGGGCUCGAUUGUCUCCGAAAUCAGUCGCCUAACGUCAGGCUGCAUAUCCCCGAGCGAGAUCCCCGACUCGCCCGGGCAGAGCGCCCCCCUCUCCCCGCGCGCGUCGCACCCGCCCGCGCAGCUUCAGCUCACCGAGCCCAACACGCCGCCGCCAGAGAGCGGGCAAACAGUGUCAGUGUUCGAGGAGCGUGUGUCACGCUUCAUGGUGGAGCACACUCCCGCGCACUUCUCCACUGCGACCAGCCUCAGCAGCCUCACCAUCGACGACGAGCCGAGGCAAACUAUGCAAGAGCUAUCACAGGAAGAGAAGGCGCACACUUGCAAAAACCAUGUGGAACACUCGCAAGAUUCUGCACCACAGAUUCCACCUCUGCCACAAACUCACGUCUCCAAUGAAGUUGGAAAAGGCCAGCAAACCCCCGGCGAUACCUGCAAAGUCUAUUUCACAGAAGAUACACCGGCAAUAUUGUCCAAAGCUGGCAGCAACUCUAACCUCUCUGUACUCUCCAUCGAUUCAGCUCCCAUCGAUUCUCGAAAGUCCCUCAACGAAGCCAGCGAUGUGCAUGAAACUAGCAACAUGUCCGACAUAAACGAAACAGGCAAUAUGUCAGACAUCAGAGAAGAUGUCAGAGACACUUCGGACAGCUCGAACUUGAGCGAUGCCGGUGAUUUGUUGGAAGAAUGUAUUCAAAAGGGAAUUGCUAAGGUUGUUAAGAACAAAGGACCGCCGUCAGAUGUUUCUUCUGUAAAUCCUUAUAGAGAUGAAUUUUGUAUUGCCGCAGGUCGCAGGCACGAGAGUCGUCUGCCGGUGAAGUCGCAGCGCAACGUUCGCGACAAGCCCAGAGCGCCCGCCGCGGCCGAGCUGGCGAAGAAUGACUCGCUCAGCUCCCUCAGCCUGGACUCGUUCGGCUCCACGGACCGCGAGAUUUUCGAGGAAACGGUGAAGGCCGGCCUCUCCACCGCGCGGCCCCGGGAGCGCAGCAACUCGCUGAGCUCGCUGAGCAACGACUCGUUCGGGUCCACCGACAAGGAGGUGUUCGAGCGCUGCGUCCGCGCCGGCAUGGCCAAGCCGCAGCCGCGGCGGCGGGAGGAGCGGCCGCGGGGCCGCAGCGACGACCGCCUCGACGCGCGGGACCAGCGGGAGCCGCGGGACGCCCGCGAGGCGCGCCGGCGCAGGCGCGAGGCGCGCGGCGCCCUGGAGCGGAUGGGCGGCGCGGAGGACUCGCAGGACCGCGCCAUUCUGGAGGAGGUGAUCGCGCGCGGCGCGGGCGAGCGGCCGUUGCCAAAAAACGUCCCGCCGCCGUCUGCGGCGCGCGCGCCCGCAGGCGAGCACGCGGCCCCCGCGCGCGACCCAAGGACCCGCAGCCCGGUCGCCACUGGCUCUGACCGGGCCGACUCCGCCUUCGACCUCUCCGCCGACGCGGCCGCCGCCCGGCCCGAGCCCCGGGACUCGGCGGACGCCGUCGAGAUGGACCGCUCCAACGAGUGCCUCGCGCCCGCGUCGGCCAACACCACGCUCGACUCCGAGCUGCGGGACGAGCUGGACCGGUCCAACGAGUCCUACGCGGACGUGCUCGACGGCUCGUGGAGCGACGGCGACUCGGGCCGAGCUUGCGACGCCGGCACGCUCACUAGGAAGAGUAAGAACAGGCUGGAGUGGAACGACAUCAAGGUGACGGAGCGACCCUUGCAGCCGGAAGACGCGUCGAAAAGGAGCACGGACACGUGGAACGACAACACUUGCCCCGACGACGUCACUUUCCCCACCAUCAGUGGCUCCGUCCACAUGGUUUCCUCAAUAAGAAGCGAAGUCGCCGACCCCGGCAUGGCCCUGCCUGACCUGUUGGAAAAGAGCGACACUAUCAAUAUGAGUUCUUCUCGUCCGGACCUGACCAACAAGUUGGACGAGGAACACACGGAAGCAUCCAUGAAUCUGCCUUUAAGCGACCUCAAAAUCGACACUGACAAAUUACUUGAAAAUAUACCAGAGCCGAAUUUUAUUUCCCUCGUCGACGAUGGGGAGCAAAAGCUCGAUUCCCUGUUGUCAUCGGCCAUCGAAAGAGAAGCUGCGAGACUCGCCGCUCAGCUAAAGAGAUCUCCAUAUGUCAUGGAAACCAGCGUUACGUCACUCGCUUCCUUGGAUCUUGACAAUGUGAAACCACCGUCCAACUUGGGUAGCUUGUUGUCUCUCAGUGCCUCUGGUCAUUGGGACGAAACAUCUGCACAAACCUCCAAGAAAUCUCAGAAAAGUAGAAAGAAGUCGCUUCCCGUUGCAUUGAUGGUUAAACGAGCGCUGAGCAACUCCAUGCACCAGGGAUCUUCGGAACAUUUAGACAGCAAUCCUGUUAGUUUCCUUGAUAAUGUAAAACCGCCCUCCGAAAUGGAACAUAUUGAUAUGGAAAGCAGCAUGAUAUCAGUUUCCAGUAUAGUCUCCGAAGUGGCUGAAUUCAGAGAAAAAACUCCAGUAGUGUUUGAUUUAAAACAGCCAAUACAGGACUUCCCUCUUUGCAAUGCAUUUAAUGCAGUCUUCCAAGACUUAGAUAAAGUAAAUCCUCCGUCUUUGUUCGAUGAGAUGGCUGAAUCCACGGUAGAGAUAGAGCAAACCACUGUCAAUCAAGUAUAUGACGACUGCAUGUCAACGUUAAACGUCGUCACCGAUAUUCCUUCAGGAUCCGAAAAUUGCACACCGCUUCCAUCAGACGUCAGUAGUGUCGAGUCUACUCCGAAAAGGCAAAGAUCAAAUUAUCUGACUCCAAAAGAAAAGAGACAUAUCUCCAAAGACCGGUAUCAUACUUACACGAUAACUGACAGUGUAACAGAGAACGACAACCUUGUACUGGAAGUGGAAUCUGAAGAGUUUUUAACGUGGACGAAAUCAGAGAGCGACAAAUCUGAUGACUAUGUAACUGCAACAUCUGAAGUGAAAUCUAGGCGGAAAGUUAGCGCCAAGCAAAGAAGACAAGAAGAUAGGGCCAGAUACCAAACACAAACUGUGGAUAUUAACAAUAUAUUGACACAAGAGACUUCACAAACCAAAGUUGUGGAUCCUCAGAUAGAGAACUUGAAACAACGUCUAGCGGCAAAGAAAACGAUGAAACAAAAACGCAUGGAAGAUGCCGAAAGAUUCAGAACUAGAACUUUCAGCGUAGACAUUCCCCCUUCUCCAACGUUCGUCACUAAGGAUGCCAACUUCGAAAAUGUUGAGACCACCACUGGAUACGAUAGUCUGUCCUCCACUGAGUUGAAUCACCAGCAACUGCUGGAUGACAGGCACAGAGAUGAUGACGUGUGUUCUAGAGACGCAGAUAGUGGUCACAAUGAUGAUGACUUCGAACUUAAUUCGGCUCAAAUGCAAACAUACACUAAAAGCUUCAGGAAUUACCUACCAGUUAUCGAAAGUCCCACUGCAGUAGACCUCUGCGUAAUGAAUAACCUUAAGAACAUAGAAAUGACGGCUUCUUAUCGUAAUAAUGUGCAAAGCGACAAAAACAACCCGAGCAGCAGCGACUUUGCGAGCUACGAGGGUGAUAGCAACUCAGAAGAUAAAGUACAAUCCGAAUCUGACACGGAAUCUCCCCAAUCUAGACCCAAACCUAAAAUCAUCAAACCUGAAACCAGAAGAGACUUGAGUUUAGACUCAAACGAGUCCGUCGAAAAGGAUGAAGCACCUAAAGCGGUCAGAGGACGAAAAAAGACCAUGUACGUCUCUCCAUAUAGGAGAAACCCACCAGCUCGUAAACCAGCAGCAACAACCUCCAAACCGGCGCCAAAAAUAACUCCACCUAUAAAAGUAGUGGCGAAUCCUGCCAAAGCUCAUACUAGUGCCAAAACGCCAAGCAAACCGUCGACUUCCAAACCACCAAGCGCCAAUACAUCCCCGAAAAAAUCGUUGCCAAAUCGGUCUCCCACAAAAAUAAGCCAGCAAAAAGCGAUAGCAAUACCUCUCGUUGCUACUAAACCGUUACCACUGGAGAGACAAGGAACUUUCACAAAAGAAAGUACGGUUCCGCCGAAAGAUUUACCAAUGCCUGAUAAAAAGUCCAGUGUUCCUCGAGUAGGCAAAGCGAGCACGCCUACUAAACCUGGUGUAACUACAUCGCCCUCUCGUUUACCGCAGCUGAACCGAUAUUCAAGAGCAACAUUAACGAAAUCUAACAGUAAUCCUAAACAAAACAAAUUUGCAGCUACUAAAAGAUCUUCUGAGCCUUCGAUAAAAAGUUCAACUUCAAACCAUAGCUUACAGAGCAAUGAUAGUGGUAAAACUGUAACUCUAACUCGAGGAUCCAGACAAGGUAGCACAUCGAGCGUGAAUUCCCAGUCUUCCAAGGCAAAUACAAAAGAUGUUGAGAGCAGAAUAGCUAGUUUGUGGAAAAAAGUGGAACAGAGCAAAACCCAGCCCAAAAAACCUGAUAAGAGAGUGUGGAUAGACAGCGACAAGACUGAACCACCCAAACUGAUCAGAAGCUCAACUUUCGAAGGUCAACCGAAGCAAAGCCCAGUGUCGACAACUCCAAAGCAAAAGUCUGCUAUUGGCAUAAGAGUUUCUCAAAUACCUAGUUUUAGACCAAAAUCCACACCAGCAAAAGUCGGUCAAGGAAGUCCGAGUAAAAAACCAGCUACCUCUAGAGUAUUCACAAGGAAAUCCGUUAAUGGACAAGUCACUUCUCAAUGAGACCAUGAUUUUGACGAUUGGAAUGACUGCAGACUUUGACGACUGUUUCACGUAUUGAAGAAUGUACAAGACAUACCUUUUGUGCGUUGUAGUUGCAAUGACGUCAUUGAAUUCUCAGCGAAAUGAAGUUGAUUUAGGCCAAUGUUCUAUUAGAACUGCGCAGGGACUUUGCGUUAAAAUUUAAGAGUAAAAACAUAAUAAAAAAUGUGUUUGUAUUGUGUAUAUCAGUAAUGAACUCCUGAAUUUACAGGACGUAACAGAAUAACGUAACAAAUAUUUCAGGCUAUGACGAUAUUUUAGGUGUUUCAUAACAAUUUUAGAUCAAAAUUACAUGUUGGUUCCCAAAAAAAUUAUUGAUAUGCUAUUUAUUUGUCUUGUGACAGAUUUGUAUAUGAAGAUGUUUGAAUAAAACAAUAAUUUUUUUCCAGUCUCAUCAACAUAUUGUUGCACUAUUUUGUUACAUCCUGCAAAAAUCAAAGAUCUAAAAAAAAUCUAUAUUUAUUCUGCGUAAUAUUUAUUUUAAUGAACACGUACGUACAUUAUUUAUUCAUAUUUUGUCAUAUU